AUGGCCGAAAUCUCAACACCAACGCAACCGGCCCGUCCAAUGGAGCUGUCAUUUCCCUUCCCCAAGGCUUUGCACACAACAGCGCAUAUCCACCUCACAGUGUUGGAUAGCUGCACAAUGGUCUUCUUGGCUACAUCGACGCCCGGCGAUUCAGCAGGAAGUCUGAAACCGAUGGGAAGUUUCAUUUAUGCCAUGCCAGACCGCACAUCGUCCCGUUCCACUAUAUCUACGACGUUAUACACGACACCUUCGACAGAAGAAUAUGCCACCCGUAUAGCCAAGAUCCUGGCCCGUCGUAUGCGUGUUCCCGUUUAUGUCGGAUGCAGUAUUGACCCCAGUGCUUUGAGUCUUUUGCCCGAGGAGGAGAUGGAGGGGCUGACUAGGAUUGUGGAUACUGUGGUGGCAAAAUGGAACGAGCCGAGGUGA